AUGGGUGUGGAACUAAAAUGGACGGACCUGAACCGUGAAACAUCUCGUGUGCCAAACAUCACCCCUGGAGUGUCAAGAAGAUUGGAGAAAUUCGAGUUUGAUGAAAUUAAGGCAAAGGAACUGGUUGGCCAACCGGACAUUCAAUCCGAAAGGGAACUGACUGAACGCGCAUCUAAGGAAAGUGAAGAGGCAGAGAAACUGGUUGGCCAACAGGACGUUCAACCGGCCGAAAGUGAACUGACUAAAGGCGCAUCUAAGAAGAGUGAAGAGGCAGAGAAACUGGUUAGCCAACAGGACAUUCAAUCCGAAAGUGAACAGGCCAAAGGCGCAUCUGAGGAGAUUGAAGGUUUGGACGUCCUUGUAAACAUAUCUGGACCAGCUGAAUUGAUGAAACAGAUUCAACAACCGCAUGGUGAAGUAAAGAAAAGGUCUAGCGAAGUCCAAGCAUCACGUGAGGAAUUUGGUGAUGUUUCAGAGACAGAAAAACUAGUUGGCCAACGGGGCAUUCAACCCGAAAGUGAACUGACUAAAAGUACAUCUAACGAGAGUGAAGAAGCACAACAAGAACGGUAUCAUAGAAUCAUAGAAAAAACCAAAGAGUUCGAAGCUCUUCGCAAGGAAUGCAUCAGGGUGUUGCCAUACGCAGACGAAAGCGGUCAGGUGUCCGUUGAACUCUACGUGUUCUGUGGCAAUAGCCGCAUACCAACAGAGUUAGAUGCAGCUGCUCAAGAGUGCUUUAAAGGGAUGAGUGUGGCGCUAAAAUGGACGAAUCUGUACAAAAAAGAAUCUGAUGUGCCAAACACCACCUCUGGAAUGUCAGAAACAUUGCAGGGACGCAAGGUUGAUGAAAUUAAUAGGAUCAUAGACACUUUUCUACCCACAUUCAGCCAGCAUCGUAACAUCACUGCAGUGUACCCUUCCUUCAAAGUAACAAAGUCGAAGCAAACAGGUACGCCUUGCAUCAUGAUUAAUGUUGUUGGCAAAGGUCGCAUCCCAAUCAGCGAGUCAGAGAUUCCAAAGUUUGUUGAUAGUUACCCAGUAGACAUCGUGGAGGGAUUUUGGAUUGAAACAUGUAAUCUACCUAAUCCAAAUAAGCUACAAGAAGAGAUGGAUCGCCUUCGUUUGGGAGCAAGCAUUAGCAUCGAAGGGGCCGAUGCUGGGAGCUUAGGUGCAAUUUUGAGAGAUUAUGAUAGUGGCAAAUUCUAUUUACUCUCUUGUAAUCAUGUGAUUGGAACCGGCGAGAAAAAUGAAAUAUUCCACCCUGGGCGGCUCCACUACUUGAAGUUGUUAAAACAUUAUCUAGCCAAAUAUAAAACAUAUUUGAAUAGUAUAAUUGGUGUCAAAACAAGUCUUACUCUCAGUGGUGAGAAGCCACCUGAAUUAAAGUUGUUAGAAGAAUUUAGGCAGCUGCAAAAAGAUUCAGAUGAAGUCAACUACAGUAAAUUGCCUCGAUCCAUGAAAUUCAGUAGAGAUUAUGAAGAUUUUAUUAGGUGUGCACAAAAAUUGGAAGAACUUUUCAAACACCCGCCAAGGGUUGUAGCGGACCUUUCCGUUAGUUUCUCCGGCAAUGUGUGCGUUUCCGAUCAACGAGAGUAUGGUAUCGAUGCUGGAGUUGCUGAGUUGAGAGAAGAAGAAGUAAAAGCCCUCAGCGGAAAUUCUUUAAUCGAAAUGAUUGGCACUACAGAUUACCCAAGCGGUAACGUUAUGAUGUCGAAUGGAGUCCUAGGUAAUGUGAGUACAUGGUGUAAGAGUGGCAGUGCCACUGGAUACACUUCGGUAAAAAGUUAUCUUGAGCUUGUUCAUGUAAAUUUAAAACAUUUCCCUAACCAGGAGCUUGUGGUGCAUCUUGACCUCCAAAAAAAUGAAAUUUCUCGAACACGUAAACAUGUACAGUGGCGAAAAUGCUUAAGCCUUAAAAAAUCCUCAAAAGAAAAAGAAUUAUUCGCCGGCGAGGGUGAUUCUGGGGCAGUGGUUUUUAAAAAAUGUCAGGGAGCGGAGUCCAUGUCAGGGAUUGGCAUUGUUAGUGGUGGUCAUUAUGAGGCCCGCCCCCACGGGAUUGAGCAUUGUGGCACCUUUGUAUCACCGUUAGAUAUUUCUCUCAAAAUAUUGUCCCUUUCACUGAAAAAAAAAUUUUUUUAGUUAACUAUGUUUGAGGUUUUCUUCUAGAUUUAUCUAGAACUCACGGACCUCAAUUCACAGUUUGAAUUUAAACUUUUCCAACAACUUGCAUUUCUUAUAUAACUUCUAUUAUAAAGAAAGAAAAAUGCACGGUCAUGAUAUCAAUCAAUAUUUUUAAUCCUUAAACUUUUAGUCAGUAAUUAGGGACCGUAAGCUGUCAAGACAGCAAAGCAUCUCCCAUGGUGGCCUGAUAGAUUCAGUCGUGAUUUUGUUUAUGUAAUGAAGUGGAAUUGAGUUCGGAAGUUUGUAGGUUGGUUGUAUUUUCCAAGGCAAGUAAUAUGAAAUUAACUCUAAGGAAGCAUUUUAUAUAAAUAUUUUUAGCAUUUUGUGUACCAGUACAUGAGGAACAAGCACAAAACUUUCCAGA